AUGGCUGAACAAAAAGAGAUAAUGUCGGGAAAAUAUGAAGACGAAGUUACUGGGAGACAAAUAAAUACGGAGUAUGUGAGGAAUGAUGAUACGUUGUGCAUGCCAUGUUCAAAGAGGAAUAGGCCAACGUUGGCUUCCGUAUAUUGUCAGACAUGCAUCGAGUUUCAAUGCUUGGAGUGCUCAAAAAUACAUGAAGUUUACGCGUUUAUGAAGACCCACCAGUUAGUGGACACAAAUAAAGCAGAAACAAAACAUACUCCGUUUGAUAUGAAGGGAUUAGACCAAUGUGAACAGCACAAAAAAGCUUUAAAAUUCUUCUGUGAAGAUGAGAAUCAGCUUUGCUGCAGUACAUGUGCUAUUGUGGAUCACCGGAUAUGCCACAGUGUCGUAGAAAUUAAGACGGUCGCCGGAAGGUCUGCGUCAGCGCGUUCAAAAGUAAAGGUCAGAUUAACGGAAGUUAAAGAGAAAGCUGAAAAUGUCGUUAAAAAUACCGAGUUAACAAACGAGCAAUUGAAUAAAGAUGUUAAAGAAUUGUCUUUAAAAAUAAGACGAAUGCGGGAUAAUGUGAUGAAAAUGUUCGACGAUUUGGAAGUUUCUGUUGCUAAGGAUGCUGAUUUAUUUAAGGCAGAAACACUCGAUAAACUGAGAAGGAAGCAAUCAAACAUUGAGAAACAUGUUGCUGAUGCAACAAAAUCUAUAGAAACAAUUGAUAAUGUUCAUCAGAAUGGGACACCAUCACAACAGUUUAUACUGGAACAGAGAAUGAAGAAACAAGUCGAUGAACUUAGCAGCAACGUUGACGAGGAAUGUCAAAGGUUAGAGACCGUAAGCAUUUCAUUUGAUUUUGAUGACUCUUUGAAAUUGUCCCCACUUCCGAUUUCUGAUUACGUUCCGGGACAACUGACAUUAAAAUACUCCGUACCGGAAGCUGUAAAACCUGUAACACCUGUAGAUCCGAUUGUUAAGUUAACGAAGAUUACCUCCAUUGAUCUGAAGCAGACUGGAGAUGAGGUGGAGGAACCGUUAUACACAGGACUGGAUUUCCUACCGGAUGGUAGACUAGUUACCGUGGAUAAUAAAAACAAGAAAUGUUUGAUUUACAAUGAAAAGCUUAAGAAAGUAGGCUCAUAUCAGUUAUCGUAUAUGCCACAGAGUGUAAUUGCUAUAUCUAAGGAUAAAGUGGCGAUAACAAGUGGUAAUAUAUACACAAUAGACAUUCUACGUGUCAGUAAAUCUAAUGAAAUAACUUUGAUCAGGACAUGUAAAGUAAAGAUACGGUAUGACUCUAUAUGUUUGAAAGAUGAUAGACACUUUGUUGUUGGAACUAUCGAUGAUACAAGGCAUGUUCGUAUUGUAUCUCUGUCAGGAGAAGAGAAAGAUUUCAGUAUCAGCUUUCCGAAUAAAAACUAUCCUAGUGACACUAGUGCUUGUACAUAUAUUAGAUACAGUGACAAAGUGGUUCUCACCGAUAGGAACGAGCAUACUGUCUACAUAUAUGACAUCAAGAGCAACACCAGAGUUGUUGUCAAGGACGACCAGAUCAACGAACCAUGGGGUGUAGCAGUAGGUCCAUCUGACUGUCUCCUGGUUUGCAGUAAUAAAACAAACUCCAUUGUGCAGAUCUCUCAAACAGGUCGGGUCCUAUCAUCGUACAAGUUAGAUAUGAAACUCCCCUACAGAGUCUGUGUUUCUAAAGACAAAUCACUUAUUGCUGUUUCAAGUAACUUGAAUGGUGGAAGAAAGUUGCAGCUAUUAAAAGUAACAUAUUAA